AUGAUGGUCGAGGAAAAGAAAUUGAAGCUCCUCCACGAGUCCCAUACCUGUCAAUUCAAGGAUAUUCCCCAGGUUCCCCCUUGCUGCGUCUACGUCUCAAGUCCAGCCCCGGCUCGCCCGUUGAACCUCCACGGCGAUCGACGGUCGCAGACGCCCCGUAUUACACAGGGGACAAUACCGUCUCCGACCGUCGCUAACGGGCCUGUACCGAUACCCCGGACGACCCAGACGAAUCGCGGGCUGGGCGACUUUGCAGAUCAUCGGAGCCUCCUGGAACCGGGCGCAAGGCGGUUUGAGGACGCCCAGGGCAGACGCCUGGAGAGGAUCGUCCACCACUCCUCUACCAACUUUCCAGUCCUGAUCCAACAUUUGAUCUCCUCUAGAGCCACUCCUGUGACCCAGAUCCCGAGAGCCUGUGAGCCUGUGAGCCCAACACGAGCGCGACCGGCUGGGGCUGCGUUCCGAUCGACGCGGGCGGCUAGGUACAUCAUCUCUCCGUCCCGUUUCUCUCUCUUCGGCUCCUCUACUUUCUUCAUGGUGCUUCGCAAGCCUCCGCCGCCGCGCCUGGAGAACCUCAACAAGUGGAAUGCCCGUCCAGUUACCCCAGCUUCCCCGUCAUCCGCCUCGUCCUCCCAUCGCCAGGCUCGCCUGACUCGAGCUCCCUCCGAGGACUCGAUCUACUCCCCCGAUCUCAAUACCUCCCCAGCAUUCGAUCUGAUGCCACUCGAAGAGGCCCAGAGGUCCCCGGUGGGGUCUCCCACCAGCCACCCGCCAAAUUCAUGGCCCGAGAAUGUCGGGGAUCGAGCGAACACGGACCACUCGGUCCCCUUUGAAGGCUCGUCCUACCCAGAUGGCCCAGAUCACAAAAAGGAAUGGCUCCCCCGUCACUGGUGGCAGGUCGGCAAGAUUCAGUGGAGAGUGUUGAGCAACGGCCCGCCAGAAAACCCAUCCCCUCGAUGGGGGAGACCGACAGAGUCAGGACAGAACUUGGGGGACCAGAACCAGUGGGCGGACAGUCAUUCGUAUACGACCACGAGUAGCGACCCGUUGAGUCAGACGGAAGGGUACAUUCCUAUGACGGCACGCCUGUCAUUAUUAGAUUCCUCCGAGCACGAGUCGCCAUGGGCAGAUCGCGGAAACCCUCACUCGCAAGCGCCACACUCAUUUACCAACGAAACACCACCUCCGGUACCAUCCCCGUGGGCCGACAGUGAGCCUCAUCUAGAAUCGCAGCACUCGCACUCGCUCAAUCCGCCCUCUGAAAUCUCCCCGUGGGGAUCCCAGCAUUCGAUUAAGAUCUCGGCUCCGCAGGAAAUUUUUCUACAAGGGGGACAAUUCAACCCAUAUGCCCCUGCUGUAGUUGUCCAGCCAUCUGGCGAUCCAGAUGAGAAUGCAUAUGGUCUACGGCCAUCGGAUAACCCAGGGCGACUUGGAUCAGAUGCUGGUAUCAAUACACCAUCCAUGAUGUCCUAUGCGACGUCGGCCACCUCGCAUGAAUUAAUCGAUUUGGACGCUCCCAGUGCCACUGGUAUGGAAACCGGGUCCCAACAGGUCCCGUCAUCGGGAUACUCUCCGCACACCCACGAUACAAAGAGCGCAAAGUCUCUGUUGGACACCCAGGAGACCCCUGCACAAUCAUCGCCAUUUGCUUCAAAUGACAAUGCGCAGGACCAAGCGCCGCCUGUGGAGAGCAUCAAGCUCUCCCCUGCCGAGGCGGCAAGGCAGCAAGAACAGCGAGCGGAAACUUAUUCGAUUCGGCAGAUCAAUUGGCAAGACAAAAUGGGCACUUUAAUCCAGGCGCCCAUCUUGAUUCAAAAUAAGAAUGGCCCUUGUCCAUUGCUUGCUUUGAUCAAUGCCCUUGUCCUGCGCGCCGACCCGAAGGCGCAGUCGCCAAUCGUUAGAUCAUUGCGAACCCGCGAACAAAUUUCAUUGGGAUUGUUAAUAGAGGCACUCUUCGAGGAAUUAACCACCUGUCUUGGACCAGAUGAGGAAUUCCCGGACAUCGAAGCUCUCACACAGUUUUUAACCAUGCUGCAUACCGGCAUGAAUGUCAAUCCUCGUCUUGUUCUGGAAUCUGUUGACUCCUUGGGCAAAUUCAUGCAAACCGGAGAUCUACGUCUGUAUAGUACAUUCGGCGUUCCUUUGGUUCAUGGGUGGCUGGCUUCCUGGUCUAGCCCGGUUCAUACAGCCAUGACACGGACUGCUCAAUAUCAUGAAGAUAUUCAACUUUUACCAUUCAAGAAACAAGAGCUCGAAGAUCGGGUGAUUCGAGGUGAUUCUUUGGGGUUUGAAGAGGAUCAGAAGAUGGCAGACAUUCAAGCGAUCCAAGAAUUUGUGGAUAUCGAGAAUGCAACUCAAUUGAGUCCCUUUGGCUUGACCCAAUUAACGACACAACUAUCGCCAGGCUCCGUUUCUAUUCUGUUCCGCAACGACCAUUUCUCUACUCUUUACAAGCAUCCUCAAUCGCACCAACUCUACUCUCUGGUCACCGAUGCCGGUUAUGCUAACCACGCUGAGGUGGUCUGGGAAUCUCUUGUUGAUGUGACUGGAUUCAAUUCAGAGUUCCUUUCUGGUGACUUCCGCGCUGUUGGCCAUGGUCCUUCUGGCUCAGAGGGGCCGACCAGUCCAACGGGCCCGGUCGGCCCACGCACCUCAAGCGUUGCUGCGAGUGGUACUUCUGGUGCAGAGCAAAGUACCCAAGGACCUUUAUCGGCUCAAGAACAAAGUGACGCAGACUAUGCCUAUGCACUUUCCCUUCAGUUCCAAGAAGAAGAACAACGAGAACGAACUGGUAAUCAGCAGACAGCGAACAGGGAUUCCACAUCUAACGACUCAGUGCCCGCUCCCACUAGCGGUCGUUCUGCUCGAACGAGUAAUCCUCCAAAUCGCACCUCCACAACUGGCCUCCGUCCUCGCCAGACCAAUAAUGAAGUUGACCCUGACGAUCCGAAUGCCCCUCCGCCUCCAUACGAACAGACAGCGAGCGGUCCGCAUCCACGAUACUCUCCGGCAACGAGAAGGACACCGCCUUCUCAACCCCAGUCGCAAUUUGAUGACUUUGACCAAUAUACCAGUAAUAAUCGAUACACACGAAAUCGAUAUUCCCAACAGCCGGUAAAUGUCAACCGGUAUAGUACUGAUCGGGGGAGAAACAAAGACUGCAUCAUGAUGUGA